AUGGAGGAGCUCAAGAAUAUUGACCACAAUGCAUAUGAAUGGCUGGCAAAGAAGCCUGAAGAUCAGUGGUCAAAGUCACAUUUCAGCACCAUUCCAAAAUCUGACAUCUUGUUGAAUAAUAUGUGUGAAAGCUUCAAUAGUUGUAUACUAGAUGCUAGGGAUAAGCCUAUCAUUGAGAUGUUUGAGUCAAUACGAAAUCUUUUGAUGAAUAGAUUUUUGUUGAAUCGAGAGAAGGUCGAGAAAUGGAAGAGCCAAAUUUGUCCCAAGAUUAGAGAUCUGUUGGCGAAGAUAAGUAUGGAUGCUGCUGCUUAUUCCCCUAUGAAAUCAGAUGAGAUGCACUACCAGAUAACGAGGUCAGAUGAUCAUCUUGAUCAGCAUUCAGUUGACUUAUCGACUAGGACUUGUAGUUGUAGAAAAUGGUAUUUGAUAGGAAUUCCUUGCAAGCACGUUGUAUGCGUAAUUUGGUGCAAAAAAGAUAAUCCAGAGGCAUAUGUCCAUCACUGUUACUUGACCGAGACAUAUCGAAGGUGUUAUGCAUUGCCAAUAAUGCCUGUCAAUGGACCAAAUUUAUGGCCUACUUGUGACUUGCCCCCACCUUUACAGCCCUUUUACAAAGAAAAAAUUGGAAGGCCGACGAAACUACGGAGAAGGGAACCAGAUGAACCUCCUACAUCUUCUCAAAAAAAUGCAACUUCUCAAAAAAAUACAGCAGCUCAAAAUAAUAAAUUGAAAGGUGCAAAAAGAUGCAACAUAUGCAGGAUCUGCGGUGGAUCAGGACAUAAUCAAAGGACUUGCAAGGGAAAUAAUGAUGUCCACCAAUGGGGAGCAACGCCGCAAGAAGACAACUCACAACAAAGCAAUGCUUUACCAGACGAAGCUCCAACGGAUCUCAGAGACAAUACAUUGGCACCAAGCAACAAGGAAAAACUACAGGUUAACUAG